CUCAUGUUCCUCGGUGUGAGGAGCUGGGACUUCCUGCUGAGAACCUGGAACACGCUGAUGAAGAUGAGGAUGAAGGCUACAUCACCAGCCAAUCAGGAAGAGGCUGUGAUCACAUUUCUGACUUUCAAACCUCGACGAUGGAACAUCAAAUGUUUGGAUUCCAUCAGAAAUCUUCCUCCAGUGUCAUGGUGGAAUGGUUGGAGUCAAAAGACUGACGAAGAGACAAAUGUGGAGAAACAUUGACUCGGGACCGAGGAUCUGUCUCUGAACAAGCUGCUGACAGCUGCUGACUCUGCAUUCUACACACUGACAAUAUUAAACAUCAUGACGUCGUAUGACAAGUGUGAUGGUCACCGACUUGUCAUCUGGAGCUGUGCAGCAAAAACCAGGUUCACGUCCAAUAAGAGUUUGUCUCCGGUCAGCUGAACGUGAAACUUCAGGAAACAUCAGGAGCGGAGCUCAUGGAUAAAUUAAAGAAGGUGCUGAGCGGGCAGGAGGAGGGCGGGGACCCGGAGGGACCCGGAGCCCUGGAGAGAGCCAAUCAGGCGGUGACGUUGGGCUGGGGCAGGAGGGUGAAGGGCUUCCUGGUCUGCUUCAUCCUGGGAGCCUUCAUGUCUUUACUGGCCACCUUCAUGCUGUGGAUCCCGGGCUUCGGUCUCGCUGUGUUCGUUGUCUUCUACACGGUGGGAAACAUCUCCAUUCUGGCCAGCGUCAUGUUCCUGGUGGGGCCGUGGCGGCAGCUGAGGACCAUGUGCGCCCGAGAGCGAGCGCUGGCCACCUUCCUGGUGCUGGUGUGUCUGGUGCUGACGCUCUGCUCUGCCUAUUGGUGGACGAAUUUCACCCUCGCUCUGAUUUUCUGUCUCCUCCAAGUUCUGGCUUUCAUCUGGUACGGCCUCUCAUACCUCCCCUUUGCCAGAGAAGGCGUCUUGAAAUUCUGUUCGAUCUGCUGCAGCUGAACAUCAGAGUCCGUCCGACCAAUCAGGAAGCAGGAUCCUCACCUCAACGUCUGGUUUCCAUGGAGACGCGUGUUACAGUGUUUACCUCCGGGACACGAUCCGAGUUUUACUCCGUUUGUCUCUUGAUCCUCGUUUGAUUCUCGUCUUCGUCUCAUUUCACCACAAAAACUAAAUGUUUUGUUUUAGCCUUUUUUUUUUUAUGGUGAAAUGAAACUGAUCUGGAUUCAGUCGGAUCCUGGUUCUUACACCAUAUUUAUAUUUUAAUGCAGCUGCUGUAAUUACAUGUGUAUUAACUGGUGUACUAAUACAUAGUAUACUAAACAGACUGUGAUGUCAUUGGUGUUUUUAACGUGUAUUAAAUGAAUAUUUGUGUCUACAGUGUGACUGGUUUAGAGUCGAGCUGCUGUCAGAUCAGAUGUUUCUGUUGUGUUAAAAAGCAGUAAGUUGUGUAGUGAAUUGUGUUCCCAUGUUUACCUGCCACGUCAUUAAUGUCGUCUUUCUGCCUGUUAAGUCUCUAAAGCCUGUAAAUCUCCACCUCCACCGGCCGCUGAUUAAAACACACACAAUAAAACACAGGUAUCGUAUGUC